AUGUUUGUCGACCCGGAGUCGAGCAAAUACAAACGAUUGAUGUCGAAGAAAGUGUUCAAUAAAAGUGUCAAGGUGAAAUUGGCGAGUUGUGAGUGCUAAUCCAGUUCCAGAAGAGCAUUUUGUUAACCGGCCACAUUCAUUGCAUCAUCCUCUUGCUUCUCUUGAUUGCCUGGAUUACGGAUUAGUGAGUGAAUGACCAGCACGAUACAACUGAAUUGUGUGUUUCGAUGCAGCGUCUUAUUUCGUGUCCGAAACUUUGACCAAACUUCGGCUAAAGAUCUCGAAUGGGAGGUGGCCAGUGAUGCUCUUUUCCCAGUUAUCUACAUGGUCUGUCCAUGUUUUUGACAUCAUUCCCAAUUUCAGUUGUUCAGUUGGUAUCCCUACUUUUCGUUACUUGGAUGAAAUGCCUGCCUCAUAAGUUUUUCCGCUUGUGCUCAAUUCUGCUGGUAAGUUUUGGAUCACGCUAUUCGCCGUUUUGAUUGUUCUUCAGACGGCUCAACUUUUCCUGGUGCUCUUCUACCUGUUCCGUCGGUUCGAUGACAAAGAAAUGGGACCGAAUCAGAAGAUAAUCAACAAAAUUGUCAAGUGUAAAGAGUGUCUUUCUGCCUGUUUUCCCCACGGCAUACGCUUCUUUGCAGAUACGAACAUUGUGAUCAUUCUGACGCUCCCCUUUUUCUUCUUCAACACCAUCUAUUGUGCUGUGCUUCUGUUCAAAAUGAGGUGAGCCAAACGUAUCCAAUAUCUUCUGUCAAUUUCUUUUUUAGUCUCUUCAAAAUCAUGAACGAGUGCGAAGACGAUGACUUGUACGAAGUGAUUUACGGACGAAACGACACUUGCAUCACGAAGUCUGUAUCGUAA